GGCAAAUUUACUCAUACCUCCAUUCGUUAGCCCUUCACCAUGUUUCCAUCACUGCUUUCUUCUAUGGCUAUUCUCGCCACCGUCAUUUCGACGGCCCAUGCCGCUCCGAUGCCGGCAUCGUGCCGCCCGACUUCGAAUACUGCUGUUGGCUGGGCCAUGUGCUUUGAACCCUCUGUAGGGUGCGACCCAGGCCAGAGGUUUGGAGAGUACAUUGCGAGGAAUAUCCGACACGAGAAAGGUAUAUGCACGACGAUAGUUGAGUUCACUUAUUGUACGAAGUGAGGUGUUCGUCAGGAGAACGAGAGUAUUGCUUGAUGCAAGUCCGCUCUUUGGGGAACCUGGCCAGUGAUAGCUGGUUCCGCGAGCUUGAAGCUGCACCGAAAUACAUACACUUACCUAAGGGGUUCUUUGAGAAUGACCUAUUUUUAAUACUAUUUUGUUCUUCUACUUUCACACCUGUUACAUCCUUCCGGCU